AUGACGCAAGCAUUAGACGACAUCGAGGGAGUGGCUGUUAUUGUGGACGACAUCUUGGUGUGGGGUACAACAGUUGAAGAACACAACAGAAGGUUACAAAACCCACUCCAACGAGCACGUGAACUAAACCUCAAGCUCAACAAAGAGAAAUCAAAGAUUCAGACGAGUGAACUAUCGUAUAUUGGACAUCUCUUAACCCGUGAUGGCGUUAAACCGGAUCCACAGAAAGUUAACGCCAUUAAAGAGAUCAAUACACGUGAAGACAAGAAAGAACUGCAGAGGAUUAUGGGGAUGGUAAAUUACCUGGCAAAAUUCAUCCCAAACCUUUCAAACGUCACUGUUCCAUUAAGUGAACUGUUGAAAAAGGACACUGCGUGGCAUUGGGAAGAAAUACACCAAAAAGCCUUUGAAGAAAUCAAGAGUAGAGUCACGGCAGAGAAGUUACUGCAGUACUAUGAUGUGUCAAAACCAGUGGUGCCAUCCGUAGACUCCUCAUCUUAUGGCCUAGGGGCAUGCCUUCUCCAAGAAGAACGACCGGUAUCGUAUGCAUCGCGAUCUUUAAACAGUGCCGAGAAAAACUAUGCUCAGAUUGAAAAGGAACUUCUGGCAAUACUUUUCGGAUGCACCAAAUAUCAUCAAUAUAUAUACUCAAAGCCUGUUACCGUGGAAACAGACCACAAGCCCUUAGAGUACCUAUUCAAAAAGCCGCUAACAGCUGCACCGCCGAGACUACAACGAAUGAUGCUGAGUUUACAGAAGUACGACCUCACCGUUCAGUACAAACCCGGAAAAAGUUUGUAUAUCGCUGAUACACUUAGUCGAGCACCAUCGCCAGCUGUUGGUGAAUCUAGUCAAGAUCAGUAUAUGGUACAUACGAUAGAAAAUCUCCCGAUCAGCAACGAGAAAAUACAAGAAUUUCAGCGAGCAACCAACAACGAUCUCACGGUACAAACCCUGCAACACACCAUACAGGAAGGAUGGCCUAAACACAAAUCAAGUGUUGACCAAAGUAUCAGAGAAUACUGGCCAAUUCGUGACGAAAUUAACUCCCAAAACGGUCUACUGCUUCGUGGGGAAAGACUUAUCAAAUACAUAUACAGCAACAAGAACAGCCUGCUGCCGCUGACCAACCGAGAAACGAGAUCGAUUAUGACACAGAACAACAUGACAAGGCAGCAACGAUUGACCCAACAAAAACAGUUACCCGUUCAGGAAGAACCGUCAAGAUGCCAGAACGAUAUGGAUUCGAAGGGUAGCAAUAACAAACAGUUAAUAACUGGAUUUAUAACUAUACAUUGA